UCAGAAGCCUUGGCUAGCGAAGAUGCCAUUAUACAGACAGGGAACACUGAGGGGAAGAAACAGCAUCUUCAUCCUGGACAACCGGGUAUAUUGACUACGGUCAAAAUCCGUGCAGAGGCGCUUUCCCAGGCCAAGGAGAACGUGUUCACUGUAUCCGCGCCCAGGAUUGCUUCCGACAUCGUCCAGGACCUUGCCGACACAGCUCAGCCGGAACACAGUCGACCGAAAGUUGCCAACAUAGUAAGGUCCAUCAACAGAAUGCGUCAGUCCAUGCGACCAAAGGAUCCAGGCCAUAUGGAUUUCCAGCUGGAUAGAGAUUUCGUUGAAUCGACAGCUCCUGGUUUUAUGUUGAGGGACCUGAAUGUGAAUGAACGCCGCCAUCUUAUUCUUGCAACAGACCAUCAACUCAGCCUCCUUGCGAAGACCAAGACCUGGUACAUGGAUGCAACGUUCCACGUGGUCAAGCCUCCCUCCACACAGCUGUUUAGUAUCCAUGGGUUCAUUAGGUCUGGUUCCAGCAUGAAACAGAUACCUCUGGCAUUCUGUUUUAUGUCUGGAAAGCGAACAGAGGAUUAUUAUGAGGUACUCCGCGAUCCAUCGACCGCCAACUGCCUGAUGACAUCCGUCUGGAACUGUGCGUUGUGGACUUCGAGGCAGCCGUGUGGCAGACUAUCCGCCAGAGAUAUCCGGACUGUCGGAUACAGGGUUGUGCAUUCCACUGGUCACAAGCUGUGUUCCGGAAAGUUCAGGAGCUCGGAUUACAGACUGCCUACAACGAGAGAGGAGAUGUGUACGAUUUCAUUCGGCAAGUGAUGUGUCUCCCGUUCCUUCCAUCAGAACAGAUUGUGGAGACUGUCAUGAGGCUGGAUGACCGCGUCACAUCACCGGCAUUAGCAUCCCUGAUGGACUAUAUCGACAGAACAUGGAUUCGAAGCAGAACUUUCCCCGUCAGCUCGUCGUCCAUUUUCAUGUCGCCUAUUAGAACCAACAACGACGUAGAAGGGUGGCACAACCGGUUGAAUUCCCGAGUCAACAUCAGGGGUCCCGUUCCAUUUUAUCUGUUGUUGCAGGAGCUCUUCAGGGAAGCCACCGCGAUCCCCCUUCAAUCAAAGAUGGUUUGCGAGAACAAGCUCGCAAGAUACCAGCGGAAGAAAACACGGGACAUUCAGAGGGAAGUGUUUCGAUUGUGGGGACAGUAUACAGAUGGUGAGGUUUCAACCUCCCAGCUGAUGCGGAGGAUAGGACGUUUGUUACAUUGAAAGUGUGUUUAUGUAGAUGAACUGUAGUGUUGUGUUGUGUAGUGUUGUGUAGUGCUAUGUUGUGCUGAUGUAGUGCUAUAGUAGUGAAGAACAUUUUGUUUAUAGAUAUGUAUAUAGUUUAUAGUGCUGAAUGAACAUUUUUUAAGUUUAUUUCCAGGAUGGUACAAUCAUGCAAUGUUAAUUUUUGUAGCACUUAUGUAGUUCUCUCGUAGUUUUGUCCAUAGAUAUGUUUAUAGUUUGUAGUGUUGAUAGAUAUCAUGAAUUUUAAAAAAUAUAAUAAUAAUUAAAAAAAAAAGCAAAAAAAAAACAUAUCGGACUUCAGAAAAGCAGGGUCCACGUCCCGAGUCCUGGGUACACAGAUAUACAUGUAUAUUGUAUUAAUUUAUUGUGUAGCGAAUGCUUUUCAACAGCAUGUCAUAUAAUAUAUGCAUUUAUGUGGUAACUUGUUUUUAUUAUUAAUUGAUUUAUAUUAUAUAAUUUCAUUUUACAUCAUUGUUAUUUUUUUUGAACUUAUACUAAAAUUAUUGUGUGUUACACUGAUAUUUUUACAC